AUGUCAAGACUUUCUGGUUAUCACAUCAUGAUAGUCUCAAAUACUUCGCAACUAUCAAAGACUUUAUUAACUAAGAGUUUGUUUACAAAAAAUGGUAGCAAUAUGAAAAAGUUCCACUUCAACCCAAUUCCGUUGAAUUCUAAAACAAUUGUGUACUUCCCGAAAAUCGAAACACUUCAUUUGUGGGUAAAUAAGCAUGAGAAUUUUGGCAAUGAAUUUAUGAUCAACACAGAAGAAAACGGAGAUUGUGGAAAUAAAGCCGUUUUUAAAAAAAGAGUUUUAUCGAAUCAUUUCGAAACAUUGAGUUUAAAAAUAAAGAAAUUUGGUAACAACAUUCCACCGAAUAUAACAUCAAUUGGUAAAUAUUGUUUUGGUUAUUGUAGUAGUUUAAAUAGUGUCAACAUACCAUCAAGUGUUACAUCAAUUAAUAAUGGAUGUUUCAGAGUAUGCAGUAGUCUAAGUAGUGUUACAAUACCAUCUUGUAUUAAAUCAAUUGGUGAUUAUUGUUUUAAUGAAUGUAUUAAUUUGACUAGUAUUACAAUACCAUCAAGUGUCAUAUCAAUUGGGAUUCAAUGUUUCCUAUCAAAUACAGUAGUUCUUAAUUGA